GUCCAAAUUGUGCAUCGACGUCAACGCCCAGUCACUUUUGGUAUCUGAGCGAUGUCGUUCCGGUCGCUGCUGGAGGCGGCCAUGGGCGACACCCAGGAGCUGUCACCGGACGAGGUGGGGCGCAUCGACGCUCAGGUGGACAUGCUAGAUGAUGAUUACCAACACUCUGACGGUUUAGAAGAGAGUGACGACGCGUACGUGCCGCCAUCCAGCGAGGAAGAAGAUGACGGUGUGGAGGAAGAGGAGGAAGACUCGGACAUUGAGCGUCAAUUAUGGGGCAAGUCUCGCAAGCGCAGACGACGUGGAGGCAGAUUAGGGCGACGCCGCCGCCGUGGCAAGCACACGGGCAAGCGCAGCGUCACCGCCACCAAAGUGCCGCCAGAACUGGCCAAUGUACUGGGCGAAGCCAACAUGUUGUACGCUUCUCAUCAAUACGACGAGGCUAUUACGUUGCUCAAAGACUUUAUUAAGAAGGCUCCGACUAUUCCAGACCCGUACCAUACGCUGGGCAUGAUCUAUGAAGACCGACAGGACCGGAUUAAGGCCCUGCAGUUCUUCUUGAUUGCGUGCACGCUGACACCGCAGGACGCUGAGCUCUGGAAACGAGUCGGACGUAUUGCUAAAGACGAGAAGAACUUUGAUCAAGCUUUGUUCUGCUUCAAGAAGGCGAGCAGUGCAGACCCGAAAGACAAAGAAGCGCUGUUCAGUUAUGCCGAGUUGUGUCGAGAACAGGGGGAUAAUCGACGAGCAGCCGAGGUGUUCAAGAAGCUGACGGUGCUGAUCCCGAACGACUUGUCGCUGUGGAUUCAAAUCGCUGAGGCGUACCAUUGUAAUGAGCAGGAAGAAGAGGCGGUGGAUGCAUUGAAAAUGUGUAUCGAGAAGGCAGCGACGCUGGAUCCAGCGAGGAAUCUGCACUCGUCUAAGUACGAGCUCAAUGCUGUGAAUAUGCUCGCCGACUUAUACAUUACACUGAAAAGAUAUCGGGAAGCUAUUGAUGUGAUCCAUCACCUCCACUCGCGAUACGCCUCGACUCAGGACUCUGACCAAGUGGAGGGCGACCCCGGUGGCUUACCACUUGAUAUUGCCGUAAAAUACGGUAUAUGUCAUCUUUUCGAGCGAGAUUUCGCCACGGCUGAGUCCAUGUUCACGCAUUUAUUCGCUCAGGAUGUGGAAGUGUUUGGUGAUCUGUAUUUGGAUGUAGCGGACGCGUAUAUCGCGCUCGAAGAUCAAGAUCGAGAGGCUGCAGCGAUUCUACAACAACUUUUAGGUCGUGAAGAGUUUCCAGUGGAGCAGAUUUGGAUUAAAUUUGCAGCGUGUCACGAUCGUCUGGGUAUUUACGACGUUGCAGUGGAGUAUUACGAGAAAGCAUUGGCCCACCAGCGCUCGUCGCCGGACUUGACUGUGGAUCCGGAGUUGAUGCUGCAGGCCAUGCAGGCCACACGGAAGAAAAAUAGCCCAUUGGAGGGUAUCGCAUUGCUGAACGAGUACUUACCAGAGUCCAUGUGUCCUCCAAUUCGACCUUACUGGAUCAAUACGUCCCGGAAGAAUAAGGACCAAGACUCGACGUCAGCACAAGAUGGAAAGGAUGCGAAGGAGGGCGCAGACAGUGAUGCUGAUGAGCUAGAAGAGGAAGCAGAGGAUGAAGACGAUGCCGAAGACCAAACGCGAAUGGAGAUGGCUCACGAUCCGUCCCUGUCAGUGGAUGCUAUGGAAAAUGGCAUUCGUCUAAAACUCUUGAUUGAAUAUGGUCAUCUGAAGAAGCUGUCGGGCGAGGCUGAAGUGCUCUGCCAAGUCGGCAUUCCGAUCAUCCUCACUUCUCUUAGCCAAACAUCGUUUCGCCUAUCUGGUCGUGUGAAGAACCCACUGGCAGAGCCUCAAGACGUGAUUUCAGAAAGUGACGCGCAGUCUAUGGGCUUCCAGGUCCUGAAAUCCGAGUACCUGGUGGACAUCACUGACUCGAGACAGCGUGAAUCAUUCAUGGGAAUCGUCAUGCGUGUGGCGCAGCAGAUUGUAAUCUCACGCGCACUUGGCGAACAACAGUACUACAAUUUGGUGAUCGAUGUCGCACAGACACUCACUGAGUUAGGCAAAUAUGUGGCUGCAAUCGAGCUAUUGACGGACGUGAACACGUCGGAUAAAAUCUCCAAGCCUACUCUGCGCUUCGAACUGCGCUUCUUAGCGUUGGUGAUCGCCCUUGAGUUCAAGGAGAACCGCAUGGCGUAUGAGUGUGCGCGCUUGAAUAUCAUGGAGGAUCCCCACAAUCUCGGCUAUUGGAACCUGUUCUCGCGCGUGAUCGCUAUUACGGGUGUGUUUUCGUGGCAUCAGAAAUUCCUAGCGAAGCUGCUGCGUGAUGAUCCCGAGAGUUACCCGGCCAUUUUACUAGCUGGUCACCAGUCAUCGGCCUGGGAUAUUGCGUCGCUGACUGUGGGUGAGCUGACGCUCGCUCACCAGAAACACCCAAACGAUCCGCUGACGCUUUUCUGCAUCGGCUUGGCGUUCCUGUCGGCUUCGAUGCAGCGGACUAUCAACGACCGACAACAUACUGUAGCAAAGGCGUUCGCGUUUUUGCAGCAGUACGAGCGGACCCGCAUCGUCGCCCCAAGUGACAUCACUUCGGAUAUACGUCAGGUCGAAGCCUGGUAUAAUAUUGGUCGCGCACACCAGCAAUUGGGUUUGUUCCACUUGGCAAUUCCUAUGUACGAGCGAGUGCUGCGGUUCUUCGAGGAGAGUAAGGAGCAGAGGCGUGAGAUACCCCCGGAGUACUUGCUCUGUCGAGAAACUGCCUACAAUCUGUCCCUCAUCUACAAACAAAGGUACGUUUCUAACUGGUUGUCGUGCUUUUUUGCUUAUUUCCUAGUCAGUCUUUGAUCCUUUUGAAUUGCUGUUUGUAGUGGCGCUAACGACUUGGCCAGAUACCUCAUUGCAAAAUAUUUAACGAUCGAAUAGCUAGGUUAGUAAUAAUACCUGUGUUGAUUCUUCUAAAUGAUUGCAAUUAGGGUGCAUCGUUUAAUCGGCCAGACCAGUUGAGCAUUUUUCGGCG